AUGGCGAUUGAGGAAGCUAUUCAAGCCGUCUUGGCGACGACGACCAUCAUUGUCGACCCCCCUGGUGGUACCCACCCCCACCACGCCCCCUACCCCCAGCCCACGGUCGUUCCAGGUCCUACCCACACGGCCUACCACUUCCAGCAUGGUACUCAACUGUCCGCUGUUUUCGUUUGGAUCUUCUUCGGCGUCUUCACCGGAGGACUCGUUGGCACCGCGUUCCUCACAACUCGUGUAGAGCGCCGCCUGCGUGUCUUCCACGUUCUCUCCGGUGUCGCCCUGGCCAUCACGUCCAUGUCGUAUCUCAUGCUCGCGACUGGCCUCGGGAUGACUCACUGUCCGCCUGGCAGUCGCCAUGGCCACCACGGCCACCAUGGCCACCAUGGCCACGACCAUGAUCACCACAAGCCCAAGCAUCCCAUUGAGACUGUCUCCACCAUCGCCAAGGCCGCCGUUCCUGUCGUCGUCCAUGUUGUGCGGCAGCGCCUCUGGAUGCGCGAGGUAGCGCACAUUUUUACUCUCCCGAUCGUCAUCCUCCAACUCGUCAUCCUCUCGGGCAUGCCACUGAUCGCUGGCCUCUGGGCGGCUUUCUGCGGCAGCAUGUCCUGUGUAUGUGCAUUCAUGGGCUUGCACUUUAGUGCGCAGCGCAAACUCCACGUUCGGGCAGAGUUUGUUGCUUGGGCCAUCGUCGCGCUCACCUGGGGCGGGAUCAUGUUUGCCUACCUCUUCAUAUCGGGUGUUCGCGCCAGCAAACUCCGUCCCCGCAAGACUCAGGGCAGGUACUAUAUGCUCACUGCGCUGAUCUUCAUCGGGUACCUCCUCUUCACCGUAUUCUACAUUAUUGGAUCAGGACUCGGUAUUCUCUCCGUCAACGCGGAGAACAUUGCCCUUGGAAUAACCGAUGUUUCCACUCAGCUCGGAUUUGUAUUCUUCCUCCUCCUCACGCACGUUCACGAUUCCGAGGACGACACGUACACCUUCCCCGCCUGGUUGGCCGAGCCCCGCGGAGACGGCCGUGGCGAAUAUGCGCCAGUGGCUACCGGCGCAGAGGCCAGCUAA